CCUGAAUGAAAUGUUGCACCUGAAAUAUAUACUGCCCAUGCAGAGUGCAAGGUAAAGAAAUUAAACCACAAUAUCUUGAAGGUCAGGUUCACCGAGUAAAUGUUCUGGUGAAAAAGAUGGCAUCACUUAGAAGAAACAGAUUGGACUUCAAUACACAAUUGCAAGUACGAGAAAAACCAAUAUAAGUGAAAUCCUCGAGGUACCUAAUACCAAAGAUAAGAUACAAUAACUCGGUAAUUAAAUUGAUAUUGUCUUGAAUGUUCAUAUCUUAUCAGAUUUUUUAUUUCAAUUUUUCAUACAUAUAAUCAUAAACAAGACUUGGCCACUUCAGUCAUACUGACAAGGAGUUCCUAUAUUGGUGCAACGUUCAGGUGCAACUUUUGGUGCAACCCCCUAAGGACCUACUCUCUAAGCCAAUAACUUGAAGUGGUUUAGUCACGUGACAGUGACGGAGAGAUAAGUAAAGAAUUUGGCAAGUAUUUCUGAUCGUGAAAACUCAGAUGAGACUCAGAAUAAACAUAGCGAGCAGAGAGAAUAGCUGAAUAUAUUUGUUGAGCGCAAACUGCAGUAGUUUACUUUUCCGAAAAUAGAUUCUAAGCUGACCUGCAAAUCGGGUAAUAUUUGGUAGUUAAAACAAUAUAUACACAAGAAGUUAUAAAAUUACUGAAGAACAAUCAAAGAGUAGCAUACACUUAUUGUUGUAUCAUUGGACAUCGUAGCUGAAGUGUCUAAAAAAGUCACUGUGGCUGUUGAGAAACCUAUAAGUCCACGUAGUGGAGGACAACGUUUAGAGAUGGUGAAGGAGAAACUCCCGUCCGUUAACAUGAUGAAUACCAACCUCAAGGUUGUGGUGCUUGGCAGUGAAAAUGUUGGAAAAACAGCUUUGUCAGUGAGAUAUUUGACCAAGCGUUUCAUUGGAGAAUACCAGUCUGAUACAGAUUCCUUGUAUAACGCAAGCAUAGAGUUAGAUGACAGUCCAAUCCAGCUCCAAUUGCUAGACUGUACAGAGAUUGCAGAAAUUGAUGACGUUUUGGGUCGUGAUCAGCAGCUCCAAUGGGCGGACGCAUUUAUUGUAGUGUACGACAUUUGCAACCGGGACUCUUUUCUCUCAGCCAGCAAAAUCAUAAAAUCCAUCCGCAGUGUACACUCUCAUACUGACUCUCCCAUCCUUCUCAUAGGAAACAAACUUGAUCUCCAACACAGACGUCAAACUGGCUUUGACGAGGGCCACGUAAUGUCCUUGGACCAAACUUGUCAGUUUUACGAACUAUCUGCAGCGGAUGGAUAUCACACAGUGACUCACGCAUUCAACAGUUUAUUCCGCGAAGCAAAAGUGAACAAAAAAGCUUUAAAAAUAAACAAAUUUUUCAAAAGUAACACUGAAAAAAGACGGAACUCAUUUGUGGCCAAAAUUGGCGAUAUGUUUAGAAGAUGACAUUUCAAAGAUCUUCAGAGUCUACAUAACGUGCAGUAUUAAAGUGACCAUAUAUGGUCUAUUUUUGUUUAAUUAUACAUUCUUUCAUGGGCAUGUAUAUCUCAGACAAUCAUUUAAACCGAAGAAGCCCCCCGUAGCCGAGAUUUUCUCAAUUUUAGAAUGGCUCUGAACAAUCUCAGACUCGUCGUAUGCGUUACUCAAAAAUUGAAUAAAUCUCUGCAUCUUGUGAUUUUUCCAUUUCAUUAAAAAAUGAACGUUUCCUUCAACUUUAAUGUCCAUAUACAUUGAAAGUAACUAAGAAUGAGGUAUGUUAAAUGUAUCAUUGCUUCCGAAUUGAAAAGUUAUUAUUUGUAGAUCAAAAUAUCUGUUGUAGGUAAAAUCAGAGAUAUAUGUAAACAUUCUGGUGUUUAUUUCGGCCUUUGAAUGCGAUUAACCACAAUAACUUCUGAUAUAUAUAUAUAUUGUACAUAAAUUGGAUCUUAGUUUUUUUUAUUUUGGCAUAAAUUUUCAUUUUGGAUUACCAAGGUAUAAAGUUUUCAAGAUUGAAAAUCAAACUGGUGAACGAGUAUGAUAUACGAUAAAAUAUAUUGGUUGGUUGAUCGUAAAUGUUGCUACAUUUUCCAUCCAUGAUUCUACCUUUAAUUUUAU